AUGGCUGAAGAUGAUACACCGCUCAUUGAAGUCCAUAAUGGGAACUUCCUCAGAAGACCAUUUAUGUAUUUUGAUCCAAAUAAAAAUGAGAUGAGGUGCGCCAGUUUCAAGUACAAGGGAUACUCUGAGUUCGUUGCCCACUUAGACGCGAUUACUAGAAGGAUGUGCAAAGAUAUAUACUACUGUCCAAACGACCAAACAUUGUGUCAAGGAUUAUCCACAUUGCAUAAAAAAUAUGAUUACCAUGAAUUUCUUAAGUAUCUUCGUGAGAAAGAGAAAGUAAAUGUGUAUGUGUACCAUAUGCAUGAACCCCUGUUUGACUGUAUUGAAAUGGUAGAGCCUAAAGUUGAAGAUGAUACCAACUCCAAUGAAGAUGAAGAUGAUGAUUCACUAUUAGUAGAUAAAGAGGGCUACGCAUAUGAGGUAGAUGAUAAGGAUGUUUCUAUGAAAACGACAAGAGAAAGUAUACAGCACAGAGACAUGUUCUUGAACAAACUCUACCCAGAUGUUGAAGAGGAAGAAGUUCCUAAUGUUGAGAAACUACCUCCUGCAAAUUUUUGGGCAACAAUGGGAUCAAAUGGCUCUAGUGCUAGAUAUAAAAUUCAUCAAUCCUAG